UCCUGGUCUCAUCCACCACUAUCAACCACACUGUAGACACUAGAAUCAGGAUGCACACCACGAUGUGGCUCGAAAUGUUGAUGAAGGUGGUAGGAAAAGACAUCAGUUCCGGCUCUCCUUAGUGUGCUAACCUGGAUGCAGUUUUGAAUAUGUGCCGGGAUGAAUAUGACCCAAGAUAUAACUAGACAAGUCAAGUUAAUUUGGUGCUUGUUAAAAAAUGUACAAUUCUGAGAGAAGACUUCUCUGCUAUAUUCAUGGCUUUAAAGUGCAUUUAUAAUUUGCAUUCGACAAGCUUUUAAUGUGUUAAUGGCUAUAAACAAUGCAUUUUUACUUACAUUUUUUUUAUCACAGACUGAAAGCAAAAAGCCAGUACAAAAAAUUCUUAAGGAAAUGAGUCUCUCUACUCCUUUGUCAUAUAUCUGAUAGAAUAAGGAUUAUGGAUUCUGUAUGUUAAUCAAACUUGUGCAUCAAAAAAAAAUUGCCAAAGAAACCCUGAAAGUAAGAAACAAUGCGAACUAAUUCAUACGGACGGCUGAACACUGGAGUUGGAGUGGGACAAGGGAGCAUGCCCGGGGGUUGGCUGCUCCGGCCGUCUAGAGUUGUCCCUGCUAUUCUUUUAAUAUUGAUAAUUGUGCCUCUUUGUGCGCACUAUUAUCUCUCAAAGGCUGUGAGUGACUCAUCCUUGGGUCAUGAGCGACAUCUUUUAUUGGACCCCAGUGACCCUCUGGCUGACUUGUCAGGUCUUAAAUGCGAUAAUGCCAAGGCUAGAGUUCAGGAGCUGCUUUCUAUUAAAGCAUCUGUGCUUAAUGAAUUGCGAGACUUGGAGCAGCAUCGACAGCAGCUACAGGAAAACAUUGCCUCUGCCACAUCACGAAUAGAGAGUCUGCGGCAGGAGGAGAAUAGAAUCAAAACAGAGCUUGAAAGACUCAAGACUAGUGUUGAACAGGCUCUUCUUAGUCAGCGUGAAGUAUUUGAAAAGAAUAUGCCACAGAUCGUUGCCCCACGGCGAAUCACUGCCACUCAUAAGGACAACAUUCAUCUACCUUUACCAAGCCCUCAGAGCAUUUAUCAAUGUCGUAUGCACAACUGCUUUGAUUAUUCAAGAUGCUCUCUACUUUCAAAUUUUCCGGUGUAUUACUAUGAUGUUGAUCAAUACAGACUUGCAUCUAAUGAUUUGGAAGCAUUUGUAAAAAUUACAGUGAAACAAGCAUUAGGCUACAAUGCUCAAGUUACUUCUGACCCAAAUGAAGCCUGCAUUUUUAUUGUUUUAAUGGGGGAGAGUGUUGGCUCAUCUGUUGAUAAAGUUAACUUAGAAGAGAAUCUUCAUAGUUUGCCUUACUGGAAUGGGGAUGGCCGUAACCACGUCCUUCUCAAUCUCGGAAGGACAUUUUACAGUAAAAAUAUUUUUGAAGGUGUCAACAUUGCUCGAGCAAUAACAGUUCAGUCUCACUUUUAUUCUCAUCAAUAUCGACCUGGGUUUGAUCUGGUGACCCCUCCACUUCUUGGCCUUCCUGGUGGUGACCUUUGGCAAAACCUUCCCCCACUUGUGCCUGCAAAGAGGAAAUAUCUAUUAGCAUUUCAAGGAGAAUUACCACGGCUAAGAAAUUAUUUGGAUAAAGAAGAACACCCUCUGUCCAACAAUCCUGAAAUAAGAGAAGAAGUUGCAGUUGUUGAAGAGUUAAUGCAGCUUGAGCAUACUCACACAGAUGACCACUUUAUGUUACAAUUUACUUGCCAAGGAAGUGGGGGAUAUGGAGACUUAGAGGAAUGGCAAAUGUGUGAAACUGAAAGCAUGCGCACCCAGGUCCUUCGGGAUUCCACAUUUUCUUUAGUAAUGGCACCUCUGUCAUCUUCUGAAGUUACUACUAUCACCUUACAGGCACGAAUUUAUGAAGCCAUUAAAUAUGGAGCCAUUCCUGUUAUUCUGGGCAAUCACAUUGAGCUACCUCUAAGUGAAACCAUUGAUUGGCACAAAUUAGCCCUUGUUUUGCCAAAAGCUCGUGUUACAGAGCUCCAUUUUCUACUUCGGUCAGUGUCAGAUGGGGACAUUCUUUUCAUGCGUCGUCAGGGUCGUCUGGUUUGGGAGCGAUUCUUGGGGUCAACUCAGGUUUUAGUUGACUCUAUUUUAGCAACACUGAGACAGAGACUCAAUAUUCCACCACUUUCAGCAGCUGAAGAACCUUCAGUCAGUGUCUUUAAUGACUCUUUUGUGCCUCUGAAAACUGAUGCCAACAUACCAGAUCCUGACACAGAUGAAAACCUUGGACCUAUUGAGCCUCCAUUUCCAUCUACCGUUUUCACUCGUAACUACACCACCUCACUGUUGAACGGAUAUGAGAUCUGGAAUAUUUGGGGUGACCCCUUCAACCUUUACCCUAAUCUUCCUACAAAUCCAAUAUUACCAACAGAAGCCAAAUUCUCGGGCUCCAAGCUUGGAUUUCGUCCAAUCAAUGGAGGUUCUGGAGGGUCUGGAAAGGAAUUCAGCGAGAGUCUUGGUGGAAACUUACCCAAGGAGCAGUUUACAAUUGUAAUGUUGACAUAUGAAAGAGAACAGGUAUUGCUGAAUUCUCUGGCUCGCCUGUAUGGCUUGCCUUAUCUAAACAAGGUGAUUGUUGUAUGGAAUUCACCAAAGCCCCCACCAGAGGACUUGCGGUGGCCUGAUAUUAAGGUCCCAAUCCAGGUGAUAAGAGCAGAGCGUAACAGCCUUAACAACCGUUUCCUACCUUAUUCAGAAAUAGAGACAGAAGCUGUGCUGUCUGUGGACGAUGAUGCUCACUUGCGCCAUGACGAGAUUGUGUUUGGGUUUAGAGUAUGGAGAGAAGAGAGAGACCGAAUUGUGGGGUUCCCUGGUCGAUAUCAUGCGUGGGACUUGAACUAUGGUGGUUGGCUCUACAACUCCAACUACUCCUGUGAACUCUCCAUGGUAUUAACAGGUGCUGCCUUUUUUCACAAAUAUUAUGCCAGCAUGUAUUCUCAUGUGAUGCCACAAGCCAUACGAGACAAAGUGGAUGAAUAUGUGAAUUGUGAAGACAUUGCCAUGAACUUUCUAGUCUCACAUAUAACAAGAAAACCACCUGUCAAGGUUACUUCACGUUGGACAUUUCGCUGUCCUGGUUGCCCAGUUUCCUUGUCUGAAGAUGACUCGCAUUUUACAGAGCGUCAUAGUUGCAUAAACUUCUUUACUCAGGUUUAUGGCUAUAACCCUCUUCUAAAUACACAAUAUCGUGUGGACUCUGUUCUCUUUAAGACAAGACUUCCACAUGAUAAACAAAAGUGCUUUAAGUUUAUAUGAGAAUUAACUUUUAUAUUAAUAGAAACUUUCAGGAUACUUGCUGAGUAAUGAAUUAAUGUAAUUCUUACUUUACUACAUCUCAUUUUAUGUUAUUUUUUUGUAUUCAUGACCUGUGAAUGAUAAUAAAUUUAUUGUUGUUUAAAUGGCUGUCCAUAUUUAAAUAACAGUAGUUUUAUGUAACAUUUGUUGAAACUGAAUCUUCAUGUAAAAUAUCAAGUAAUUCAUGUCUUAUUUUAAAUGUUUCAAAACUUUAAAUAUUUUAAUGACUUAUUGUAAAACUGAUAAUUUCAAAUGGAUAGAUGGAUAUGUGCCUCUGGCAGGACAGUGAUAGUGUGAAUGAUGGUGAAAGUGUUUCUCCACUGAGGCAGGGUGACCCAAAAAAGAAACACUUUCACCAUCAUUCAACACAUUCACCAUCAUUCACACAUAAUCACUGUCUUUGCAGAGGUGCCCAAAUAUGACAAUUUAAAUGUCACUCCAAACAUGUGCUCAUCUCUUUGUACUCUUCUGUUUCUGGCUGCAGGUAGGUGUGUGUGUGUGUGUGUGUGCUCACAUACUCACCUUAUUUUUGGUGCAGGAGUCAGGUCACAGAUCCUGGCCCAGUGUGUGUGUGUGUAUGUCUGUCUGUCUGUUUGCUUGUGUGUGUCUGUCUGUCUGCCUGUACUCUGCAUGUAUGUGUGUGUCUAUCUGUGAAAGAGAGAUUGUUUGCUCUCAGGAUAAAUUUUUAUAGUUUCUAACAUUAAUGUAACCUUGCCAUGAAUUUGGAUAUUGUAGAAAAUGUUUAUUUUGCAGUGCAGUAAACAUUAUGUAUGAUUGUUAAAUGUUGGAGUGCCUGGCAUUGUAUACAGUUUAUAUUGAAAAUUAAUUUAAGUAAUUUUUAGCUGUUAAAUUGGUACCAGGUUUGUACCAUAUAUGACAUAUGUAAAUUUUAUAUUAAAAGAUUAUAUUGUUACCAGUGAAUUGUUAGCUAAAACAGUUAUUAUAUUUUAAUAACAGUGUGUUUAAAUAAUUUAUAGGACUACAAUUCUUAAUGCUUUGGGGCCAGAAUAUUAUGUAAGCGAUUGUAAAUUGAUGUGGAUGUUUAUUAAUACAAUGAAAAUGGGAAAACAAAUGA